AUGGCGGCCGUUUCAUUGAUCGGUGAUGGGGAGAAGCUGAUAAACGUCGUCCUUCUCAAUGGUGAGAGACUCAACGUCAGGGUCCCGUCUUCUUUUCAGUCGAGUUCGACGGGGCAAGACCUGUACAACACCAUCACCGAUCAUCUUGGACUUACGGAAACCAUCUUCUUUGGGCUUAUGAUUAUCAAAGAUGGCGAACAUGAGUUUCUUGAUCUCAACGACAAGUUAUCCAAGCUAGCAAAAUAUGCGCCACACUUGUGGAAGGACGAUGUAUCAUGCAAUUCGUCAUUGGUCUUCACGAUAUUCUUUCGAGUCAAGUACUACGUUGAAAACAUCUGCCUUUUACAACAACAGGGUACCCGGCAUUUAUACUACCUCCAGUUACGGAAAGAUGUCCUGGAGGGUGGGAUAUUUAUACAUGAAGAGACGGCGAUGUUACUUGCCUCAUAUGCGCUUCAGGCUGAAGUAGGCGACUAUAAUCAGUCAGUACAUGGCAAUGAUUACUUUGUCCCUGAGCAUUAUCUUCCACAACGGGCCAUAGCUAAAUUAACCGCCUCUUACAUCCGCAACACGCUGCCUCAACUACAUAAAGCGCAUUCUGGGAUCAGCGACGCACAAGCGGAAAUCGAAUAUUUAAAGGAGGCUCAGAAGCUUCAAGAAUAUGGCAUCAUCUUUAACAAGGUUUCGAAGUUCAAGAAGGAUAAGAGAAGCAGCUACAGUUUGGGAAUCAGCGUUCGAGGGUUAAUCGUUUUCGAGGAGAGAGGGAUCGUCAAGAGUCCAGUAUUUCGACAUCCAUGGCAAAAUAUAAAAAGAAUGGCAUUUCAUAGACGGAGAUUUUUUAUCGAAGCGCAUGGACCACCAGAAACGUCCAAAAUCGUGUUAUAUACCAACAGCUAUAAAAAGUCCCGUUACCUUCUCAAGAUGUGCACUUCGUUCUAUAAAUUCCAAAUGAUGAUGGGGAUGAAACUGACAAGUCUACGAGAAUACCCCAAGGAUGGAUCUGUUAAGAUGAAUGGAGUAGUGAAAAAUGAUGCAUCCGAUUCGCCUGGCAGAACAUCGCCAAUCUCAGACCAUGACAAAUCUUAUCCCAUGGAACAAGGACUUAUACAACAACCUGGAACUGGGCCCGCGAUACAACUGAAUGGGUCAGCGCCCAACACCCAAGACAAUGUACAGGUCAGCGUAUAUCCCGUCCAACUACAAAAAAUCAAUGGUGGCUUGGGCCUCAAUAUUAUCGGAGGAAUCGAAUUAGGAGGAAUAUACGUCAAAACCAUGGCGCCUGAUGGCUCAGCUGCCCUCAGUGGAAAAAUAAGCAUUGGUGACAGGAUACUGGAAAUCAAUGGCAAUAGUCUGGAAGGCAUUUCGAGACAAGACGCUGUCAACCUACUACGAACAGCACCUCAGACGUGCACACUACUAAUCGAGAGCUGUGUAGCCGCCCCAGCGACACCGAAUGGCAAACCAGCAGUUCCUGGGAACUACUCGACCACAGCCUUCCAUCAACCGAACAGAUCCCAACCCUACGCAGGUGAAGAGUAUCAGUACCAGGACCCUUACGGAUCGCCUCAGCACCAGGCCUACGCGUCAUCAUACGAGCAGAUGGGGCCUAUUGACCAGUAUAGUGAAGACGCAUCAGUAGUGAGUAUUCUUGCUAAAAACGUGUUGUAUUUCUUUGGUUGGGAGGCUAGGACAGUGUUCCAUGCCUACUCGACGCCUUACGGACGCGGUCCUGGUACUGUCUCUAUGCCUGGGUUCCAGUCUAGGAACCAAUCUAGAAACCAAGUUUCUUCUUAUUCUUCUUAUAAUGAAUGUGAUUCUGAUUAUAAUUAUGGGUAUGGGUAUGAGAAUCAGACUAGGUACCAGUCUAUCCCUCCAGAAAAUAAUCAAAGUUAUACUUGGAGGUCUGACAGCCAAAAUAGGUUCCGUACUAUAUCGAUGGGAAGUGGACGUGACUCUGUAUACUCGGAGUCUGGGUACCAGAGUCAGGUCCAGAUCCCUUCGUCCAAUCAGAAUUCUCCACUAGUACCAGAUAUUAAUGAAACUAUAGACAAUAGAAGCAGGAAGGGUAACCUUUUAGAGCUGAAGUUAUACAAGUACGAGGAAAAAAGAGAAAGUGUAGACUCAAGCUUCUUUAGUAGUGCGACUAGGGAGAAUAGCUUUGAUGAUUUUCCGUCGUACGGGAGCGAGUCACGCGUCGAAGAAGAGUACAACCCACUUGGCAGAAGAGAUUAUCCAAUCAAAAACGAGCCACAGACUUUAGUAGAUAACAAUGAGAAUGAACUAAGUCAUCUGUAUUCAAAGGAUGAACCUGGUUUUGUUGGGAAAUUUUUCUCGUAUUUGGGAUUCGAGUCGCAAGGAGAGAACAUUCCGGACCAGAAUUAUCCAGACAUCGAUAAAGACGCUAAAAGAAAGAGGUCUCCUCAAGAUGGAAACAAGUAUGAGGAGAACAGAAGGGAGAGCAGGAGGGAGAGCAGGAGGGAGAGCAAGAGGGAGACCAGGAAAGAAAGCAAUAGUGGAAGGCCUGUGGAAAUGAAGGUUUUCAAGCGUAUGGAAAGUGAAGAUAUCGAGAAUUUUCACACUGGGCCAUGCAGUGGAAAAAACUACGAAGGAGACGAUCAACUUCGUUACCAAUACAGCAAGACGCUUCAGGCUUCGGGAAUGCUCUACCAAGAUGAUGUAGAUUAUGGUUACUAUGGAGAUCAGCAGCAGCAGACAAAGCAAGGAUUGUAUCGACAAGAUAAAAAUAAAGCAAACAAAACUUUUGAUGAUGACUUUUCGAUCUACGAUGAUGAAAAUGUGGGUCUCUUUGGUGAAGUCAUAGAAUAUCCACCAGAAGACAAAAAGACAAAGUUGUCUAAGACCAGGAAAUUUUCUUGGUUCAGCAGUAAGGACUCUGAGUCUGAACACGAGCGAAAAGUUUCAGUCGAUGAGAAUAGAUCCAGUGGUUAUCGUUUUGGUGGGCUUUUCUCAUCAGACAAGCGUAAGAAUUCCGAUGCCCCUACGCAAACGGCAGUGAACGCGAGCGAAGACCAACUUGCGAGAGAAGCUGCUACCAGAGUUUCGGUUGAUAACAAAAAAACUGAUGGCACGGCGUCAGAAACGUCUGACUUGAAGCCUAUUCUGGAAAAACAAGACAAGGGGAUAACUAAAGUGACAGUUGCUAAGGAAACGGAUAUACAAGACCAGGCUCCCGCUGCAAAGAGAAGCUACUUCUCUUGGUUUUCUGAUAAAGAUGCAGACAUUGCAAAAGAACAAGUGGGCAAACCUGAAGAGGCUAGUACAGGGAGGUUUUUCGGUGGAUUCUUUUCUUCUCAGGCGACCGAAAAAGCUAAUGUUGAACCAACGCUGGACACAGAAAUGGCAAAGAUUUCAAGAGAACAUGGGAUUAGUGAUCAGAGGGAUACUAUUGGGGCAUCUAACACGGGAACAGUGUCAGGCCAUACAGGAAUACCAGGUCUCACGCGCUCUUUUGUGGAGGAAUUUGAAAGACCAAAAACACCUCCUCUUGAGAAGCUCGAAGAAGUUGAAGAAAAAGGGUGGAGAGGAACGAAGGAAAAUAUAAAUGAGGAUAUCAGAGCUGAAGAAACGGUUAGUAAGAACAUGCCAAUUGAGGAUGAAUUAGAUGUACAGCAAAUAGAAGAUUCUUUGGAAACAGUUGACAACAAUUCAUUCCCAUCCAAAGAGAAUGUUGAACCAGAUAAUGUCACGCAAAUGAAAAGCCAGUUGCCUGCGAAGAAAUAUGAUGAAAGUCAAGACAGCAAAGCAGCCACAAGCAUAGAAAGUAAAAGCGGGUAUUUCUCUUGGUUCACGUCAUCCAACAAAGACAACAACGCCAACCAAAAAACUUCAGGUGAAGAAGAAAGAAGAGGGAGCAUGUUUGGUGGCUUUUUCUCUACAUCUCCGCAACCUACCAAUCAAGAUGAAGGCGAUACGUCAAGAAAAGACAGCGGUGCAUCUUAUAAAAAUGUUGCAGGAGAAGGUGACAAAAGGGGAAGUCUGUUCGGAGGAUUUUUCUCUUCAGCUUCGCAACAACCUAAAAGAAAUGUCUCUGAUUCUGACCUAAAAAAGCAGCAGGAGCAAAAAUUCUCUGGAGACUCAUCAACCAAGGAGAAGACUUGUCAUGAAACUUCAACCGUAGACAAAUCUAAAGAUGUUUCCAAAGACAAGAGACAAGCAGAAAAAGAGAUAAAGGAGAGCGCCGAACAAAAGAAGGAAGAACAAGGAGUAUUCUCUCGAAUGUUUAAAGGCGUUUUUGGGAAAUCUGAACCAGAUACAACGUUUGAUCAAGCAAAGAAGCUUGAAGACGAAAGGCAGAGAGAAGCUAUUAUAAAAGAAGCCCGUAGAAAGGAGAGAAUUUCACAGUAUGUAAAGGAAUUUUCCAUGAAAGAAGAAGAUAAAGAACUUGAAAUAAUUAAGAAACAUGWCACGCUAGAACCGGAGGAAAAGAGCGAAGAUAAAGAUCCGGACAAAGUUUCUAUCAAGGAAGAACAAAGAAUGAAAAGGAUUUCUAAAUUUGUUAAAGAGUUUUCUAUGAAAGAAGAUGAAAAACAAUCUGAUAUUGCAAAAGACAAUCCCGUAGUCCAGCAAGAGGAUGAAGAAUAUGUUGUUCAAGAUGAAGCCCUUGUCAAAGAAUUUCAAAGAAAGCAAAGAAUUUCCAAGUUUGUCAAGGCUUUUUCCUCCAAAGAGGAAGACGUUAAGCAAAAAGAUGAAAUAAGCAAAGACGUUGAGUUGCUAGAAAGAGAGAUAGUAAUAGAAGAUGCGACUCCGGAUGAGGCGUCUGUAAAAGAGGCCGAGAGGAAGGAAAGAAUCUCAAAGUUUAUCAGGGAUUUUUCAAUGAAGGAAGAAGAAGAGACAAGACAAGUACGCGAAAAGAGAGUUUCAAGUAAGGGAAAUAUAGAUGAGAUUUCUGAAGAAAAUAAAGACGAACUAAAGAGGGAAGAGAGUAUUAGAGAAGCUAGAAGAAAGGAAAGAAUUUCGCAGUUCAUCGACGAAUUCUCCAUGGCUGAAAAACCCUUCGAAGCAAUGGCUCCAGAAACGAAAGUCAAGCCAGCUAUGAGAGAAACAGAAUUUUCUGAUGACAUUGUCAUUGCAAGCACAAUCCGUGAUCAAGAGAAAGUCGAAGAGCAAGAUGAAACUGACAUAAAAGAAGAGCGCAAGAAAGAAAGAAUUUCAAAGCUUAUCAAGGAAUUCUCAGUUACAGAACAUCGCGAAACAUCUGAGGUCAGUGAGACUGGGACAUCUGUUGCAGCUGUGAAAGAGGACGACAAAGAAGCGCGCAGAAAAGCACUUAUCUCACAGCUCAUUAGAGAGUUCUCCACAAAGACUGAACCUGAAGAUACGGCAGUCAUGCCAGAUUCUUCUUCUCGAAAAACAAGCGAAAGUUCUAUGGAAAAGAGCAUCGUAGAUAGAACUAAUGAAGAUUAUGCAUCAAUUUUUGCAAAAGAAGAGCCUAAGGAUGUGCCAGUACCUGUUUUCCGAUACGGGUGGCAGCGAGAGAAGGCAAUUUUCCGUCCUACAGCACAAAAGACAAAAGAGCCCAGUGAUACCCCAGUAUCUUCUCGAGAGCUCACUCCUACACCACAAGAAGUUAAAAGUGGCGCAGAAGGUAUUGAUAUCAUUGAAAUGGAUACGUCAAGGAGAUUGGACACUUAUGAAGAAUUGGCUCCACCAAAGGCGCAAGUGCCUCAAGCGCAGGAUGGUUUUGACGACCUUGAUUCUGACUCGUUGCCUCCAUUCGCGUUUGACGUCAAUGAAAGAGUAAGCGGACGAAAAUCUCACGCUUAUAAGCAAGCACGUCCGAAGUCACCUCAACCCUUUUUGCGCGAAGACUGGCAGGACCAAGAGGAUAACGUCCCGGUCGCUGAAAUGAUGAGCUAUGAUAAACCAAUGAAAGGUGAGACUGUUACUGACUGGAAUAGCUAUGAUGUGAACGAAUAUGAAACACAAGAGAACGAAAAAGAAGAAGAAGCGCCGAUGUCGAUUUUUGACGAAACAUUCGAUGUCCCUUCUGAAAUAGAUAUUGAGGAUCAACUGGGACAACAACUUGAAGAAUGCUUCAGUACUGUACGACCAGAUGAAGAGAUGUUGAGCUACGAUUACGAGGGAUUCCAGUCUGAGUACCCGUAUGAUGUCUUAGAUGAUCAAACCCUGGAUGACAUUGCACGAGGGGCUCUCGAAAGGCAACAACAGAGCGAUUGGGACGUAAUGAGUACAUCCGACCAGCCGAUUUCCAGUGCAUUACCAGAGGCCAAUGUACUGAUUCCAAAGAUGCAUUUUAUAACAGAUGCUGUUAAAGAAGAACGGCUCCAAGACGCUACAGAAAUUUUAGAGGUUAUUGCAUUGGAAGAUGAGGAAAUGCAGAAAGAGUUGGAAAAGGCUUCAUAUGAUUUUUCAAAUGACAUUGAACAAAUCGAAAAGGAGUUGAAUGUUGACUCGAUUAUGGACGAAGGCCUUACAGAACCAUACCCUGCGCAAGCUUACGAAGAAAAGACUCUAGACCAACAGCAGGUGGCCAGGGAAGACGUCAGUUACGAGGAAGGACAAACAAACCCUGAACCAGCUCCAUUCGACUUUCUAAGAACACUGAAGAGCACCAGACGAAGAAUCAGUGACACAUGGGAUGGAAUUAUGAAGGACAUAGAUCAAAACUGGGAAGAAGCCAAAGAAUCAUCUUCAAACGAGACCGUUGACCUUCUAUCAAAAGAUAUCAUGACUAAGGGGUCGAUUUCAACCAAAGACCAAGAAUUUGGUGCCGAGCCUUGUCAUAUUGAACAGGAGCCAUCGAAGGAUGAAGAUCGAGACGGAUUUAGAUCGCAUGUUGUUCCACAAGUGGCAGGUCUACACGUACUCCAGGAUAAAGAGAACGACAAAGAACGCAGCACAAUCGAGGAGCAUAAGAAAGCAGAGGAAAACGUACUAUACAUAACAUCGUUUUCAGUCCACGACGAUUCCCAGGAUGGAGAGGAAAGAGAAGAAGAGAGCAGCGAUCAAGAGGCCGAAAUAUUGAAGCAUAAAGCUGAAAGAGCAGCAUUAGCUGCAAAACAGAACGAAGACUUUUCCGAAAUGAUGAUGAAAUUUAGACAAAAAUUUCUUGAUGAGAAGAAUGAUCAACCAAAAGAAAAACCUAGCACUCCUACUGAAAAUAGGGGCAUCAUUACGUCUUCAAUGGCCGAGACAACACAAGAUGUGUGUGAUGAGCCUCCUUGCGAACACCAUGAUGAAAAGGAGAUUGAGCUGCCGGACACUUUAAAUUUCCAUGAAAAAGAACCUGAAAAUCAAAUACCUACUUCGCCAUCUGUUAUAACGCAAGAAACGGUGGAAGUUAAGCCUCCGGACAUAUUAGCAGCACAGGGAGAAUUAAGAACAACUGAAAGCCACCCAGUUGAUAUUUUGAAGGAUUUCGAAAUGCAACCAGUAGAGGAGAAAGAUGAAGAACAACUUGAUACCUUCUCCAAACUCGUUUUUAAAUUUCGUAACUUGGCACCAAGUCAAGCCGCAGAUUCCAAGGAAACGAAAACAUCUGCCGAAAUCUCGCAAACACCAUCGCACACACGAGGAAACGUUGAAACUGAGAAGAAAGAUUCUACUUUGAAAGCCAAGACACUCAAAGAAGACACUGAAAAGGCAACACCGGUUAUAAAGAAAACCAUGGAUACAGAAUCUGCAAGCGAGAAAGAUAAAAUCCAUAAGCCAGUUGAUAUAACAGAAGAAAAUAUGAAAUCCAAACAAAUAGCUUCAGAUAAGCCAAAGCAUAUAGAAACCAAAGAAACCGAGGGAAUUUUUGCUAAAUUGGCUUUUAGCAUGAUAGGAGCCGGUCAACACCCACGUAAAGAGGAAACCAAGGAAAGAGAGACUGAUGUCAAGGAAACUAUCCCUUCUGCAGGUCUCAAAAGCCAAGAUCAGGAAGUUAGCAAAUCUCUGACGCACCCAAAGAAAACGCCCCAAGUUGAAACCAAAAGUACAGUAUCUGAAAGUAAGGUUGAGCCCGAGAAGCGUAUCAAAAGUAAUGCUGGCAAACCGAGGGAUGAAGGCGAGCCUACCAAAAUGAAGACUUCUGAGGAAGGAUCUUUCUCAAAGUUGUGGUUCAACCUUACGGGUUCUCCAACACAAAAGCGCAAUGUGGUUACCAAACAGGAAACUCCAAAAGAUGUUUCCGCUAGGCCAGCUGAGACUAAAAUCAUCGAAAAGGAACGAGAAGCCAAGACAUAUAAGGUGGAAGAAAUCACACCGUCGCAUAUAAGUAAAGGGGCAUUCGGGACCAAACAGGAAACUGCAAAAGAUGUUUUCGCUAAGCCAGCUGAGACUAAAAUCAUCGAAAAGGAAAAAGAAACCAAGACAUAUAAGAUGGAAGGAAUCACACCGUCGCAUAUAAGUAAAGGGGCAUUCGGGAUUCCAAUAGAGAAAGUUAAAGAAGCUAAAACACAAGAAAAAGAAAGUCAAAAAGUCAAAAAAGAAGACAGCAAAAGCAAAGAUGUAGGGUACUUUUCGAAGCUUAUUUCAAAGAUGGCAGAAUCGAUGGAAGAAGAAGAAAAAAGAGAAAAGGAAGGGACCGAACGCCUUGCUGAUGAAGAGAAAAGAAAAUUGGUGAGGGACGAAACAAAAGAAACAGGAAUAGAAGCAGAAACUAGAGCGACGGCAAAAGCUCCUGAUGUUAAACCAGUUGCGCAAAAAAGUCAAGCGCAACUAGGUCAAGAGCAAAAGGAUCAAAGAACUGAGGAGCAUAAAAUACCUGUGCAACCAAGCGAGGGUUUGUUCUCUCGACUGGCAUCUAGGGUGUCCGAGGCUAUUCAACAUCACGAAAUUCCUGAAGAAAAAGAUACUGUUAAAGAAAGCUCAAAUGAAAAGAUUGUACCUAAAACAAUCGCUGAGGAUACCGCUUCUACUACGCAAAAGAAAGAAACGCAGGGAGUCUUUGCUCAGAAAGAAUCAAAACAAGAUGAAAAGGUUACAAUGAAGUCGCAAUCAGCUCCAAAGUCUUCCACAAAGCAACAUCUGAAGCAAGAAGAGAAACAAGAGAGUAUAUUUUCAAAACUGGGUUUCAAAGGUGUUCAACAUUCAGAAGAGCAAAAACAAAAGCCAACUAAGGCAGCCGAAGGGCCUGCCACACAGUCGCAAGUUUUGCCGUCGAACAGUCCUUUAGACAAAACAGAUGGUAAUAUUGUGGAACGGGAACCAAAGCCAACGCAGGACUCAAAAUUAAGUAUGCAAAAUACUUUGCAUAAGGAAAAGGAGGCUAAACAAACUGUGGUAACAGAUACUAAGCACAAAGAAAGCUUGUUUUCAAAACUUACUUUCCAUCUGAUGGAAUCCUCUCACCAUGAGGAGGUUCCAAAGGCAAGAGAGCCUAUAAAGGAAGAGACUAAAGAUAUUGCAGUCGAAGAUGAGAAGUCACAAGAACCUAAAAAGCCAGAGAAACCACCUCAUGAAGACAAGGAGACAGAAAGUAGUCAAAAACCUACACCUCCACAGAAAGUUCAAAAGCAAGAGGAAGUUAAGGAGGGAUUUUUUGGUAAAUUUGGUUUUAAGUUUACUGAAACUGUUUCUGACCAGCCCGUGCCAAAGAAACCGGAAGACAAACCCGAUUCAAAAGCAAACCAAAUUGAACCUAAGAUGAACACUACGCUUUCUGCAACCACACCAAGUUACCCAUCAGUAACACCUAAAAGAUCAGGCACUUCUGUGGAUGUAAAGGACACAUCAAAGAAAGUCGAAAGUCGGCAAUCGAUUAGGAAGGAAGGAAGCUCAACAGAAAGUUUAUUCUCAAAACUCGCCCAUAAGUUAGUGGAGUCUACUGGACAGGAGGAAACCACCACUCCAAAAGCUCAACAAAUUUCUAAACAACAAUUGGAAAAACCCAUGAAGAAAAGUUAUGAGUCAUUCGAGCAUUCAAAACCUUUCAAGACUACAUCGACUACGUUAACUAAAAGUGAAAAUAUUUCAGGAGGUGUAAAGGAGACACCAAAGAAAAUGGACAGUGGGGAGUCGAUUAAAAAGGAAGAAGGUGUAACCCAAAGUUUAUUCUCAAAACUCGCCCAUAAGUUAGUUGAGACUUCAGAACAGGAGAAAAUCCCCGCUCGUAAAACUACCAAUGAUUCUGAACAAGUUACGAGCAAAGCCGUGAAGGAGAGUUCUGAAUCACUCACUCAAUCAGUACCUUUCAAGCCGACAAUGACAAAAGAGCAAACGCAUAAGGAAGCUGUAACAAGCCAGCAAGUUGAAAAAGGCCAGAGUAAAACCGCUGUCCAGGACAAAACGUACCCUGCAAAGAAAAAGGACAACCAGGAAGGUUUGUUUGCAAAAUUUGCGUUUGGUUUGGUAGAUUCUAGUCGUGAAGAAGCCAAUAAAUCUAAAGGAACUCCAGACAAAAAUGUACCCAAAUUUCCAGAAAGUAGAUUUCCCGUCAAUAAAACUCAGGAAUCCUCGCCAUCACCAAAAGAACCCGCGACGUAUUCCUCCAAGGCAAAAGGCAUUAAAACUAAUGAAACUGUAGAAAAAAAGCAAGUUGAAAAAGAUCAGAGUAAAGCCGUUGACCAAGAAAAAACGUAUCCUGCAAAGAAAAAAGACAAGGAAGGUUUGUUUGCAAAAUUUGCGUUUGGUUUGGUAGAAUCGAGUCAUGAAGAAUCCAAUAAAUCUAAAGGAACUCCAGACAAAAAUGUACCCAAAUUUCCAGAAAGUAAAACUUCUGAGGGCAAAACUCAUGAACCAUCACCAAAGGAAUCCGCAACGCAUUCCUCCAAGGCAAAAGGCAUUAAAACUAUUGAAACUAUAGAAAGCAAGCAAGUUGAAAAAGAUCAGAGUAAAGCCGUUGACCAAGAAAAAGCGUAUCCUGCAAAGAAAAAAGACAUCAAAGAAGGUUUGUUUGCAAAAUUUGCGUUUGGUUUGGUAGAAUCGAGUCAUGAAGAUGCCGAUAAAUCUAAAGCAACUCCAGACAAGAAGAAACCCAAACUCCAAGGAAGUAACAUUCCCGUAAGCAAAACUCCAGAACCCUCUCCGCGAGUAAAAGAACUCGAAACGCAUUCCUCCAAACCAAAAGACGUUAAAACCAGUGACCGUUUGAGUUCCAAAGCCGAACGGCAUGACGAAAUUAAGGGAUCUUUGUUUUCAAAACUUGCUUUCAAAUUAACGGAUUAUGUUCAAGAGAACGAAGCUGAAAAGAGCCAGGAGGAAAAAGGGAAGGGGAAGAAAGAUGAAGCUGCUAAGCUGCCAGCAGUUCAACAUUUAGCAAAGGCACUCGAAGUAGACAGUGCCAGGAGUGUAAGAGAUACCAAUGUAGAUAAAACUGAAGUAGCUAUUUCCGCUGACAAAAAAGAACAUAAAGAUACGAAAGUUGACGAAGUGGCAAAAACAGAAUCAAAACCAGAUAUCAAAGAGAAGGAAGUAGAGCCUACUAAAUCUGAGCAGAAAAGUCAUGCACUUCAAAAAGUACAAACUGCAAAAACCCCGACACCAAUAAAAACAGACGAGACAAAGGACAGCGCCAAAAGCGCAAAAGAGAGUGCAAAGGAAUCUCAAUCUAGGAACCCUUCCGAAGGACUAUUCUCUCGAUUUGCAUCGGCAGUUAGUGACGCCAUACAACAUAAAGAGACGCCUCAUGUAGCAAAAGAAGAAAAAGAAAAUGGAACUGUGAUUUCUGAGCCUAAGCAUAAAGUUGAAAAGCAGCCAGUGGAUGGGGAUGCUUUGUUUUCUAAACUUGGGAUUUUUGAUGAUGAAUAUAUUGAAGGGACGACCCCUCACGAGCAGACACUCACAACAGCCCUUUCUGUAAAAGAAGGUAGUUUGAGUAAAGAGGCUAGCAAAGACACCAAGUUGGACCCCAACGUCAGCUGUGACAGGCUCCAUCUUCAAGAAAAACCUGAAACGAAAGAUUUGAAAAAGGAAGAACAGCGUUUAGAUGAAGCACGCAAAGCAGACGACAAGAAAGAAUUGCUUUUUACACCCACUCCUAAAAAUCAAAAACAUUCUUCAGACGAUGCGCUCAAAGCAGAUGGCAAAAAUGAAUUCCUUACGAAAAUCACUGCUGUGCAGGAACGAAAAAAUUCUCCGGACAAACGAGUACAGCCAGAAGAGAAGCCAAAAACGUUACUUGAGUUGGUAAAAGCAACACAAACUGGUAAGAAAGGCAUGGCUAUACGCCCUGAAGAAGUACAUUUGGAACAAAAAGAAAAGGAAGAUUCCUGUAUUAAAUCCGUAGAAAAACAAGUGGAUCCGAAUAGGGAAUUAGAAAACAAGAUUAAAACAAUGCAGCAAAAUACCAACCAGGAGUCUGCUGCUUUUGAGCAGGACGACGUCGCUGAAGAAGCAACUAAUCUGGACGUAAAGCCUUUCGUAGAAGAACUACUAUCAAAACUAUUGUUUCUAGAAACUGUGCAGAACGUGUCAGAGGAAUACGAACAAGCUGUUCCCCUGCCUGACGGUGCUAAUACUUUCGAGACGCAUUGCGUAACAGAAACAUUUACUGUCGGCGAAGCAAGUGAAAAUGCUUUUAUGGUGGUCAAUGACGAUGAACAGCACUUUGAAUUGUCAAGAGCUGCAGACGUACCAGAGAUUGAGAAAAUAAAAAGUGUUAAGACUCCUAUCGUAAAGAUCAACGAUGUAAAAACUGUUUUACUACAACAAACGGCCUUUUUUUCUCAAGUGGAAGAAAUUGAGGAAGACUCAUUUAGUUAUUCGGUAGUGUUUAGAGAAAAUCAUACAACUGUUAGGGAAAUAAAUAUUCAUACGUCUAGGGCUAUGGAAGUCAAGCACGACAGAGAGACCAAGCUAAAAACAGAAAGUAGUGACGUCGUAACUUCUAUGACGCCAUUAUUGGGAGACGGUUUAAAAGUCGACUUGAAAUAUACCCGACAUGAGGAAAAAAAGGAGUACGUGCUCACAGAGGGAACAUAUGGACCCGAAGAAGUUUCUGGGUUUGAACUCCCCCAAAAUGCAGCAAGACGCGUAGGAGAAGAAAAGAUCUUUCAAGAAGAUGAGAGUAGUAAAAAAGUUCAAAGUAGACAGUUGAAUUUAGAAAAAAAGGAGGACAAAUUUGAAUCAUUGCCGAUUGACAAAACAGAAACUAGUCAUGAAUCUAGUGAAGAAACUAUUGUCAGAGUCUUGCAGGAUGAGCAGCAAAACCGUAAAGGCCAAGAACAGCAGCUGCAACAGCAACAACAAAAGCAGCAGCCGAAGCAGCAGCAGGAAAGACAACAGAAAAAACCUAGCGAAUCAGACAAAGCUCCUAAAGAAAAUGUCGAGAGGCCGCUCGAAAAAAUUAAAUUGCCCGAACAUGAUACUACGAAACUUAAAAGAAAGGGAGAUGUAAACUUAGAAAGCAAAAGUUAUAGCGAUAAAGAUCAUUUUACCCAAAAGGAAAAGGGAGUAUUAUCCUCAGAGGCGCCGGCACAAAUUCCCAAAGAGAAAUUAAUCCCCGAUAAAGAAAGACGACUCGAUUCUAAAGAUGUACCUCGUUUAAAAUCUGAGACAUUGCCGAAGCCGACACCCCCUGUUGUGAAAAAGACAAAUAUCCAAGAGAGGGAUGACGUAAUGAUCGUACCACGUUCUGAAGCUGGAAAAACCCAGGUUAAAGGUCCAGAAAGUAAAGAAGAAUCGAUUAAAGUAAAAAUACCCGAUGCUAAAGAUGUCCCUUGUUCUAAAUCCGAGGCAUUGCUGAAGCCGACACCUCCUGUUGUGAAAAAGACAAAUACCCAAGAGAAGGAUGACGUAAUGACCGUACCACGUUCUGAAGCUGGAAAGACCCAAGUUAAAGGUUCAGAAAAUAAAGAAGAAUCGAUUAAAGUAAAAAUAGCCGAUGCUAAAGAUGUCUCUUGCUCUAAAUCCGAGGUAUUGUUGAAGCCGAAACCUGCUGUGAAAAAGACAAAUAUCCAAGAGAAGGGUGACUUCAAGAGCGUAACACGUUCUGAAAUUGGAAAGGCCCAGGCUAAAGGUCCAGAAAAACCUUUAUCAAAAAAAGAGGAAUCAAAACCAGUCGCAGAAGGAUACUUUUCGAGUUUUGUUACGAAGGUACUAGCUUCUCCCGAAGUCCAGCAAUUUAAAAAGACCUACUUGGAAAAGGAAGAAAAGGAAGAAGAAAUGGACUUGGAAGAAAUGGCAGAAUUCUACGCUAAAAAGAAUCAGGAAGCUAGAAUUGCUCAAGAACGCCAAGCAUCAACACUGAAAGAUGUAACUUUAGCUCAAGAUCAAACUUCAGCCAUAGAUAAGGACGAAGCGGAUAGUACUAAAUCGAGAACCCGAAAAAUUUCUCUGCAAGAAGAGUCAAAAUCUGCAAAAGAGCAAUAUCCAAGGAAAACCAGCAUACAGAGUAAAGGACCUGAGAGACCCAAAAAACGGGUUUCAUUUGAGGAAAACGUUGGAACAAAGAUGAUAUUUUCUCAACAUAGUGAAGCCAAAAGGCAUGCAGAACCUAAUGUCCUACGUUCAAAGUUAGUAAGAGCGACAUCAUCACAAUCAUUAAAAGAAGAUAACCAAGAAGAGACAGCUAAACCUGAGGGGGGUUACUUCUCACGAUUCGUUUCAAAAAUAUUGGCUCCAUCGGAGGAAGAAAUUCAUCUAGAACCACUGAAAUCAGAAGAAGAUGACCUCGAGAAAAUGGCAUUGUUCUAUGCCAAGAAAAACGAAGAAGCAAGACAGAAGAAAGAGGAGGCUUUGAUGAGGGAGCAAAAAGAAGCUGCUGCAACGAAUGACAAACCUUCCACGAUGAACGAAAACGUGGUUCCAAAAACAGUUCUUAAAACCAAAGAAGGAGAACAAGCUAAGGGUGAAGCAAGUCAAAGAAAGAUAACUGAAAAAAAGACGAAAAGCUUAAGGAACCCAGAGGAAGAUACCAUCAAGACAACUGGACAGCAAGCAGAAAGGAUUCAACCAAAGGAAAAAGAGACCAGUCAAGCAGGUUUGGACGGUGUUCAAAAAGAACCCCUUUGCGCCCAGUCCAAGGAAAAGAAAAGCCAAACGACAAACGAAAAUUACUUUUCAAGUUUAUCUCAAUGGUUGGCACCUCAAGCUCAAGAAACUCGUCAAGCAGAACCAUCACUAUCGAAUACUAACGAUGAUGCAAAUCUUGAAGAAAUGGCUGCCUAUUAUGCCAAGAAAAACGCCGAGGCAAGAUCAGGUGUGAUGAAAAAACAACCGGAGUUGCCUGAGAAAAACCGCCCAGGAAAAGAAACAGAAGCUAAAGAAAGUGUCCCAAAACAAGUUAGUCUGAGUAGAAAAGCAGAAGUGCUACAGGAAAAAAAGGAGGCUCCGAUUGAAGAAUGGUACGUUUCUAGAUCUGUAUCAAGAUCAGGCACAUCAAAACAAUCAGCCGAGACAACAUCAGCUGAGACAAAACAUUACGCAAAAGAGACAGAAGCCAAAGGAAGCGGCCCAAAAGAAAUGAGUCAGAAAAAAGUUGAUGAAAAUGAUCAAAAAGUGCCGAAGAAGUUGCAAGAACAAGAACAGAAAAAGAGAGAUGAAUCUCCAAGUGGGGAAGGGUACUUAUCUAAGUUUGUUACGAGGAUGCUGCAGGUAAAUGAACCAGAACAGGUUAAAAAGCCCCAGACACAAACAGAUACCAUGGCAGAGGAUAAAAAGCUUGAAGAAAUGGCAGCUUAUUACGCUAAGAAAAACGAAGAGGCGAGAAAAACUUUGCAAGAGCAGCAGGGUAGUGAUGUUGAAACUCAAGAGAAAAAGGACAAAAAGGAAAAACAAAUAUCUGAUACGUAUACGUCUGCAAAAAAGAUUUCAACUGAUGGCACUAGUAAAUUGGUCUCAGAAGCAAAAUCAAUUGCUAGCAAAUCUACUGAGGACAAAAAACAAAAGCAAAUGGAAUCUGAUUCAUCUGUGAAAAAGAUUUCAACUGAUGGCACUAGUAAGUUAGGCUCGGAAGAAAAAGUGAAAAGGGAACCAAUUGCUAGCAAGUUAACUGAUAAGGCUAGCACGAAAACAUCUAGGAAGCAAGAAAGCAAGCAAGCUGAGGAGAAAUCUAAAUCACCACAAGUGGAUAAGGAGAAAGAAAAGCUAGAAAAACAGGCAACAACAAGUGCAAGUCCCCGACUGCCCCAAAGUAAAGGCAGUGACCAACCUGCAGAAACUGGUUACCUUUCUCGAUUCAUGAGCAAAGUGAAAGUUUCAUACGAAGCUUACCAAGAAACUCAACUACAGCCAGCGCCUCCAAAAGUUGACGAAGAAGAAGAUUUGGAAAAGAUGGCAGCUUUUUACGCCAAGCAAAACCAAGAAGCAAGAAUGGCGUUGCAAAAGGAGCAAGAGAAGAACAAACUGCAAGGAAAAGGAUCACUGGAAAGCGAAUUGAAAAAUACGAAACAGGAAAAAGUUGCUUUACAACAGGGGCCGCAAGCGAAAAAAGAAGUUCAAAUUUCUGCAGGCUCACAAAGGAAGGAAAGCAAAAAUACAAAGGCUUUAGGUAGUCAAAAAGUCGGAAAUGUUGAGAAGCCAAAGGUUGCUACCUUGAGAGAGAAAGGUAAAGUUCCUAUUCAAGGCGCUACUCAGCCUAAAAUAUCCGACACAGAUCAAAUGGAAAAACGUCAAAAAAGUUCAACACCAGAUAAAAAACAAAAAGAAGAGCCAAAAACAGAGACGUUCACAGAUACGUCUAGGAAAGAGAAAGUUGCUACUGGACAACCAAAAGUUGAGAAACCUGUAGAAUUAUCAAAAUCAGCUGAGAAGUUAAAAGUCGAGAGAGCUACUGAAAAGCAAAAACAAGAGAAACCAAAAACGGAGAAGCUUGUAGACAAGCCCAAAACGGAAAAACCUGCAGAUAAGCCACCGGAAACUGUGUCUGAAGCCGUUAGUGGACUUAUGAAAUGGGGCAGAUCGAUGUUUAAUUGAUAGCACAUCAAAACCCAAACCCUUUUACUGUACUAUGAUUUUCAAAGCUUGAGAUGAUGUCAAGAUACUUUCCAGCUAAAUAUGUAACCAAGGAAACCAGUGUUCAAACAAUAUAUGUUACCAAGAAAACCAGUGUUCCAGCAAAAUGUGUUACCAUGGAAACCAGUGUUCCAGUCAUAUAUGUUACUAUGGAAACCAAUGUUCCAGUCUAACUUUGUAACCAAGGCAACUAGUAUUGUAGCUUUCAGAAGAACCAGUAGGGUAAAUUAGAUAGAAAAUAGGCUAGGAAUUUAAACAAAUACAAGGUAAUACUUAAAGUUAACCUAAGAAAAUUAUAUUAUAAGAUUUUAUAAGAAUAUACAUAGAAAGAUUAAGGCCUGCUUUUGACUAAAAAUUAAGGGAGCUCUAAACAACGAAUGGUUCCCAUAGAGACAGAAUUUCAGGUAAGCAGUGCUGAAUUAAUUGUGUAAAUAUAAGCUCAUUAUGCAAUGUUCAUUGCUGCUAUAGGAACAAUUAUUCAAAUGCCAUUGCAUGCUGUCUCAUACAAGAAAAUACGAGAAGUUGUGGCGUUUGAAGGUUUUUAAGAAAUUUGGGUUUUGGCCAAAAUUUGUUCCAAUAUUUAGCCCGAGUGAACGAACAUAUUUUGAUUCAUAAUGAAAUGUUGCCACAUGUAUUGAAUAAGGCAAUGCAAAAAAUGCCCCAGUAUUCAAAUUUUAUGCCAAGGUGUCAUUAAUAUAAGAUAAAUCUCUUGUAUGGGAUCUUUAUAAUAUAAAUAUUAUGAUAUAAUUAUUGUAAAUAGUUUUAAUAAGACCAUAGUUUGAAUAAUCUUUUGCAAUGCGUUUUACGUCCGUUACUUCAAAUUUCAAAUUUUAUCGAUUCACUGAAACAGCAACUGGGCUGAUCUAAGUCAGGGCGUUUCUAACUCACAGAUCGUUAUUACUGGUUCUUGGUAUUUCUAUAUGUUAUCUGCAACAGACAGGGCUGAUAUCACAUGAGCGGCAAAAUAACUGCAUCAUGACACCCACAAUAAUUUCGGUCAGUUUCAUUUAUUGAUUUAUAUAUUUAUUCAUAAGGAAGCCAUUUAGGUGUCAAUUCGGUGUUCUAUUGCUGCUCAUGUAAAUUCUGCUCCAUAUUUUACAGUUCUGACAUUUUUCUUGUAUUUUCUUGUACAACUUUCUUCUCAUUAUCUCUUAGAAAUCCGUAUGCAAAAGCUUAUUCAAAGGGUCGUUGUAUUAUAACAAAACUCUGUAACUUUAUAAAAUAAAAUCUCCAAACGAUCUUA